AGGCAACAGCUGUGUGAAGCUUAUUAAUUAUAAUUGGGAAUCGGGACAAAGCGCUGCGUUAGUAAAUACCAACAGUCUGUCUAUUACUGCUUCUGAGAAGACUUGGUGAGCGCUAGGACAUAGAAGGAAGCAACUCUGAGUUGGGAGGCGCGGGUUCGGACUGCUUAGGGAAUUCGCCAUGAUUCAGUCUGAGGUGAACCUGACGUAGUCGCUGUAUUAGGAGGUUUUGGUAGGGUGCUGUAACUCGGCCUAUAAGAGUCUGUUGUGCUUACACGCUCUUUUUAACAGAGGAAGUUUGAGAAGUCCGGCACGACAUUCGUGCCACAAACCGGGAGGGAGGGGUGUAAUCCGAAGAUCGCUGUGCUUGGUCUGGGCCUUUAAUAUUUAUAUUAACAUUUCAUCGGGUUUUCUGUGUGUCUGGAUUUCAUUGCAGCAAACCAAGAUGGAGUACGAGUGGAAACCAGACGAACAAGGACUUCAGCAGAUUUUACAGCUUUUAAAAGAGUCUCAGUCUCCUGACACUUCAACUCAGAGAACCGUCCAGCAAAAAUUGGAACAACUAAAUCAAUUCCCAGACUUCAAUAAUUAUUUGAUAUUUGUUUUGACCAAGUUAAAAUCUGAAGAUGAGGCCACACGUUCUCUUAGUGGUCUGAUUUUGAAGAAUAAUGUCAAAGCACAUUUCCACAACUUUCCAAAUGGCGUAACAGAUUUUAUCAAAGCAGAAUGUCUGAAAAAUAUUGGAGACUCUUCUCCUUUGAUUAGAGCUACUGUAGGGAUUCUGAUCACAACUAUUGCCUCCAAGGGAGAGUUACAGAACUGGCCAGAUCUUUUACCAAAGCUGUGUGGUCUUCUAGAUUCCCAAGAUUACAAUACUUGUGAGGGAGCAUUUGGAGCUCUCCAGAAGAUUUGUGAAGAUUCUGCAGAAAUUUUGGACAGUGAUAUUCUGGAUAGGCCUCUUAAUGUCAUGAUUCCUAAAUUCUUGCAGUUUUUCAAGCAUAGUAGUCCAAAGAUAAGGUCUCAUGCUGUUGCAUGUGUCAAUCAGUUCAUCAUCAGUCGAACCCAGGCUCUUAUGUUGCAUAUUGAUUCUUUUAUUGAGAAUUUGUUUGCACUGGCUGGUGAUGAAGAACCAGAAGUGCGCAAAAAUGUGUGUCGUGCACUGGUGAUGCUGCAGGAGGUUCGAAUGGAUAGACUCCUUCCUCAUAUGCAUAAUAUUGUUGAGUAUAUGUUGCAGAGGACACAAGACCCUGAUGAGAAUGUGGCAUUGGAAGCAUGCGAGUUCUGGCUUACUUUAGCAGAGCAGCCUGUUUGUAAGGAAGUACUUUCUGGACAUCUUAUAAAGUUAAUACCGGUUUUGGUAAAUGGCAUGAAGUACUCUGAAAUAGACAUUAUUUUGUUGAAGGGAGAUGUCGAAGAAGAUGAGUCAGUUCCUGAUAGUGAACAGGAUAUAAGGCCGCGUUUCCAUCGGUCACGUACUGUUGCCCAGCAGCAUGAUGAAGAUGGCAUUGAUGUUGAUGAAGAUGAUGAUGACUUGGAUGAUGACGAUGACAAUAUUUCUGACUGGAACUUGAGGAAGUGCUCUGCGGCUGCACUUGAUGUCCUUGCCAAUGUAUUCAGAGAUGAUCUGUUGCCACAUGUUUUACCACUGUUGAAGGAGCUGCUUUUCCAUGCUGAAUGGGUAAUCAAAGAGUCUGGUAUCUUGGUUCUUGGAGCAAUUGCUGAAGAAUUACGUCUUUUUAUACGUUUUAUUGAUACCAAGAGACUCUACUGUGACUUUCUUCAGUCGAAGAGGGGUUUUGUAGCUAGCCCAUUAUAUGCUAAGGGACCUUCCAGUGCCUUUGCUACCCUAGAAGAAGAAGCAUGCACAGAACUAGUGCCAUAUUUGGCUUACAUAUUGGAUACACUGGUUUUUGCCUUUAGCAAGUAUCAACAUAAAAACCUCCUUAUAUUGUAUGAUGCCAUAGGAACAUUAGCAGACUCUGUUGGGCACCAUCUAAAUAAACAGGAGUAUAUUCAAAUGUUAAUGCCUCCUCUUAUACAAAAAUGGAACUUGCUAAAGGAUGAAGAUAAAGAUCUCUUCCCUUUGCUUGAGUGCCUUUCUUCAGUUGCCACUGCUUUGCAGUCUGGCUUCCUACCAUACUGUGAACCUGUGUACCAGCGUUGUGUAAAUUUAGUGCAAAAAACACUUGCACAAGCUAUGUUGCACAGCACACAACCUGAAAACUAUGAAGCUCCUGACAAGGAUUUCAUGAUUGUGGCUCUCGAUUUACUUAGUGGGCUAGCUGAGGGGCUUGGAGGGAGCAUUGAACAACUGGUUGCACGAAGCAAUAUCCUUACUUUAAUGUAUCAAUGUAUGCAGGAUAAGAUGCCAGAGGUGCGACAGAGUUCAUUUGCCUUAUUAGGUGAUCUAACAAAGGCAUGUUUUCAGCAUGUUAAGCCUUGCAUUGCUGAUUUCAUGCCAAUUUUGGGGACCAAUCUGAAUCCAGAAUUCAUUUCUGUGUGCAAUAAUGCUACUUGGGCAAUUGGAGAAAUUUCUGUUCAGAUGGGCAUUGAAAUGCAGCCAUAUAUUACUAUGGUAUUGCACCAGCUGGUGGAAAUCAUCAACAGACCAAACACACCAAAGACACUACUAGAGAAUACAGCAAUAACAAUUGGUCGUCUUGGUUACGUUUGUCCUCAAGAAGUGGCCCCCAUGCUACAGCAGUUUAUAAGACCCUGGUGUACAUCACUGCGGAACAUAAGAGAUAAUGAAGAGAAAGACUCUGCAUUCCGUGGGAUUUGCGCUAUGAUAAGCGUUAACCCUGGUGGAGUAGUUCAGGACUUCAUAUUUUUCUGUGAUGCUGUUGCAUCAUGGAUUAGUCCAAAGGAUGACCUUCGAGACAUGUUCUGUAAGAUCCUUCAUGGAUUUAAAAAUCAAGUUGGAGAUGAGAAUUGGAAACGGUUCUCAGACCAGUUCCCUCUUCCGCUGAAAGAACGGCUUGCAGCUUACUAUGGAGUAUAAUCUCAUAUACACAGUUGCUGCAGUUCUGCAACUAGGGGUCUUUCAGCCUGGGAGACGAAAGGGGAGCCUCUGCACCCAGGGAAACGUUACCCUUUACUGGGGGGAAGGGUAAACCAGUAGGGACAUUCAGAACAACCCCAACCCUGCUGGGAGGGGUGGGAGGGAGGUGUUAGUCGUCGCACUAUUGAGUCGAUGUUGGGAAAUGUUAUAACAUCUGGAGCCUUUGCAGGUGGAAAUGUCUCCUUUUACAACUCCACAGAAGAGUUGAAGAAGUAAAUAAAGAGAAUUUAUCCACGCAGCAGCAUAUUCUUGACAUAGGGGGAUUUGUUGUAUCAAAAAUGGGUACUGUUGACUUCAAAUAUAGAGACAAGUGCAGAGAGGAAGCAACUAUUAGCGCACAAUAAAGGCAACCUAGAAUUGGGGGUUAAUAACAGUUAGAGGCAGAAAUUUUAAGAGUGCACACAAGUAACUUCUAGGUAUUUGCAUGUAAUGGGUAAAUAACUAACUACACAAGUGAAGUUAGUGCAAUUCAAUUGCAACUUGCUGAUCAUGUUAAAAAGUGGCCACUUAAAUAAGCACCUGAACAAGUUACACAGCCAUAAGUAACUAACAAAGGGAGGAGUCUAGAGAGAAACCAAAUUAACCUAAUUAGUUUUUUAACUAGAUUUUUUCAUAUCAUAGUAAAGCUUGACAUACAGCAUUUUCAUUAGUUUUUGAGUUGGGUAUUACUGUAGUGGAAAUAAUUUGGUUAUUAUAUUUAAGUUUGAUUUGUAGACCAAGGCAUUCUAGCUAUCAUGGAAUUUGAGAUGUAAGGCAUGCCCUUGGUUUUUAGUAACUGAAAGCAUUUUGAUGUAGUUUGGGAGAAAGUAGCAUGCUCACAUUUAGAGUGGAAAUGGUAUGUUACCAUUUGUUGCAUUAGUUUUAAGUUAAUUUGGGUGACAUGUUUAAUGUAACCCUGUGUAAAAUACCACAUUGAAAUUUCUGUGGCAUUUUUAUUUCUCUUAAUUUAGGUUCCAGCGUACUGUAGUUCAGAAUUAAUCCUUGAAUAAUUCUUUUAGGAUCCAUUAGGGUAAUAAGAUUGAUAUUGUAUUGUGUGUAACCUACCCAAUGUGGAAAGCUGAUAUACCUGUGCAUAAUCAAUGCCUUUGUGCUGUCAGUGUGAUGUGCUUUCUGCAUGGUUAUAUACUAGUGAAUGUAUCAAAAAUCUCUUUAAAACUUAAGAAUUACAUGGUAGGUGAUCAUUUACAAGCUGCAUAAAUGUUAGAUGGCACAUCAAGACUGUAUGGAAAGAUUGCUGUUCUAGUAUGUGAUUUCCCAUUCAGUAUGGUAAUUCUGUACUUUCAUUCAAAGCAUGGUCGUUACAAAUUGUAAUUUAGUUACCGGUUAUAAACUAGGUUACCAAAACAUGAAUGGUGCAUGUUGGUGGCCAUAUGUUCCCUGGUGAGAUUGAAUUAGGAUACAAGUUAGAAGCCACAGAAAGGAAGUUGAUUUUGGAUCCUUCAUUACUUUUCUGUUGCUUUUCAUACAUCACAUUUGUUUUAGUGAAUAAGUCCUUGUUCAUUUAAUCCAUUUCCUCCCUUCUUAUAUGUGUUGUGUCUUAUACUGUAAAUGUGAAAAAAAUGGUACACUUCACCUUUUGUCAGUGUAAAAGUGAAAGUCUUCGUUAACUUUGAAUGCAGACAUUAUCCCAUGAUGAUUUUAGGUAACAGUUCUCAUAAAACUGUAGCUCUGCAGGCAGAGUGCAGUCUACAUUUUUACAUUUCUGUGAAGCUGUACAAUCAAACUUGCAAAAAAGCAGAUAUAAAGCCAUAGUAGCUCUUUCUGUUUUUUCUUUCAGAAUGUAAAAUAAAAGUCUGACACGUUUGAUUUUAUUUGCAUGGGUUUAUUUUGUGCGAGUGUGAAACUGAAACAGCCAUUGCACUGAAUUUUGAAAUUAAGCAUGGAUGAUGGUGUGUGUGUUUUAUGACCUGCUGUUUUUAAACUUGUUUUGUUUAUGCACAUAAGAGCAUGAAUUUUGUAAACAUUCCUUUUACUUUCUAAACAAUGUUUACCUUGUGCUGAUAUGAAUGAAAGCAGUUUUUAAUAUGCUAUGAAUAACAAAAUGUGAUGUGCCCAUUGAGUUACAUGAUUUGAUUGUAAUGCAUGUGCUUACUACGUCUACAUUUAUUUUAACCAAAAAUCAGUAAUUCUGUUAUAUCAUUUGUUACAGCUCCAUGCCCCAUUGGUUUCUCAUGCCUUUAUCUUGGGUACAGUAAUCUUAAAAUUGAACUGCUGCAUAAAAUAGCAAUCUACUUUUGUUUUGCAAUAGUAAUUUAAUUUAAUUGUUCUCCACUAACAAGACACACUGAGAUAAAGUGAUUUUCAUAACCAUAAGGGCCAUGUUUAAAAUCAAAUGUUUUCAGUGGUCCUGAAAGUGAUUUUGUCACUUGUUUGUAAAAGUAGAACUAUUUUUAAAGGGCAGUCAAGUCGUUUAGAACACAUUGCACUGGCAAACAUUAUUCAUCAUUUAUGUUCAGUAACUGUUAUAGAAUUCCUUACUAACUGAUGUUUAACUUUAAAAACAGAAUGACCAACUUGGCAAACAUACUGAUGACAAAACCUUUUAAAUAUUAAGAAGAAAACUUAGAAAUGUCCAUAUAAUUUGAGAAAAUGUUGUAGUGUUUACUUUGCUUUUACCAGUAACUAAGAGGAGAAAGUCAUUUUUGUCUAUUCCUUUAUUCCCAUAACUUUGUAACAUCUGCAGUAUGCUUGCAGUUUUGCAAGCAGAAUUGAUGUAUAACUUGUAGACCAGUAAUAGGAGUAAAUAUAGUCACCAUACUAAAAUCUAUAGUUGUAAAUGUUUUAAAAAUUAAAUUCCAAAAAUAAAUUGGUAAAUCAUUACUAAGCAAGUAGUGUUUACUUAACCCUCAUCUCUUUGUCCUCUUGGUGAGAUCUUUUAAAGUCAACUAGAAGAGUUGUUCUUAAAUUUAUACUGGGUCAGUGACUUGAUAUUAACUGAGCCGUAGUUGGCACCAGUUGUACAUGUUAGUUUUUUAUUUGUACUUUGAUUAUUUUUCAGAUAUUGAGCACUUGACAUCAGUUCAAAUCAGAAAGUGUCUCACACAAAGUAGACUAUUAACUGCCAUCUUUUUACUCCCCUGAAAUGUUUAUGUGGUACUGAUUACUAUAUGAGGUGGUGUCAAUUUAAUAGAUGAAUCUGGAUCAAGUAUAAAACAUCCAGGAUUGUUUCAUGUGGCCUUUAAACACAGCAUGUGUGCCACUGCUUUUGCAUUUAGUUCAGCAGAUUGUGUUUUUAUUGUUGUAACAUUAUCUGUUUUGUGUGCUUUAUUUAAAAAAAGGUCCAAAGAAUUGUAAAUUAAUGAAAAAGUUCAGAUUUUGUGCUCUUUUAUAAUAACCAGUUUGUUUUGGAUUAGUGUAUUUAGAAUUGGUUACAAAACAGAAGUACCUGUUCGUACUGAGGUUCCUUUACCUGAGUGUCAUACGAACAUACUCGCACAUAUUCAUGUACUGUUUGGUCUGUUGGACUUAAAUUUCAGAUCUCAGUGCAGUCUUUUAAGAAGUUUUGUAGAACAAAGCAAACUUUGCAGUUUAAUGUUAGUCAACAUUAAGUAUGAAAACAUUACAUUAAUAUUGCUUUUUGGGAGGUUCAAAAUAUAGUCUUAUUUUGCUGGUCGUUCUGAAAACUACUUUACCCACAGGUAUCAGUUUGUCUAGAUGGGAGGAGAUGUAUCGAGAUUGUCAGCUGCAAUAAAGAAAGAAAACAACCUAGUGGCAGAUUCAUGUUUCAGCAAGAGUUUGUAGUUCUGAUGAGAUAUAACAUUUUAUGCAGACAGAUGCAUUUAAGAUUACAGAGACAGCUGCCAUCUUGCUUAUUCAUUGUUCUGUAUAGUAAAACGCCAUUGUUAUGUCUGUGACUGUUGCAUCAUGGGAUAUGUAAAGCAUCUGAGUUCAUUGUGGUGUGUCUGAACAGUUUGACUGAAUGUUUGAGUUGCGACAGUUUGUCUUGUUACAUUCCAGUGUUUCUGCCUUUUGGCACUUGGAAAGCACGGCUUUGUUUGCUGCUUACACACUGAAUUAAGUGCUGUUAGUGUGCUCUACUACACAAAUAGCCGCUGCUAAGUGAUGACGUAGUGUUUGUACUUGAAUAUUUUUAUGUUUUAGAAACCUCAGGAGGUCAGUGUUUACUAUUUUUAUAUAUGCUCUCUCUGCCCUGAUUCCCCAUUUGAAGGAUUCUAACCACAUACAUGAUUGAAAACAACCUAAGUUUACAAAGCAUGCCUAUAAAAUGUAUGAACCAAAACUGGAAGAGUUGUGUAACAGCAUUGUUUUGCUUCCUCUUCAAUAUGCUAUUUAGAGCAACUUGACCUGUAGAGCAUUCUGUGUUGGUGCUUUGUUAAAAACAUUUUUCUAAAUCACAAUUAGUAAAAAUAUCAUUCUCUCCUAAAAAAGUUGUUAGUUUUUGUAAACUUGCUGAUGCUUUUCAGUCUAGUCUGGUCUUAAGAAAAUCAUAAUAACUGGUAUAUAAUGGAUGACGGGAAGCUGUUGUAAUAAUUUUCUGAUCCUGCUGUGUGUGCUUCCUUGCUAAUUUUUUAAUGCCAACAUAUUUGAUUUGGUAGAGUAGUUAAACAUUUUGAACUACAGAGAACAUAUACUAUUUGACGUUUUUGCCCUGCCCUUAAUUUUGAAUUGGUUUAUUGUUGAGGAAGUGAAGCAAAAACAUUUUGGUUAAAAAAUGCAAAUCUGCAGAAAACUUUAAAGCACGUUUGUAUGUAUAUAUCCUCUUACAGUAAUCUGGGCAUCAUAUUUUUUGCUGACAACUUAAACACAUUUGUAAAUGUAUCAUCUUAGGUUGUUGGAGUUAUACACUUAAAGCUUUAUGGUCUUUCCACCGUUUUGCAAGCAGUACUUUUUCUAAUGUUGGUACGUUUCCUUCAAAUGAUUAUCCUCUAUCUUCUCUAGCUGUUUCAAUUAAUAGUUCUUGAGCUCUGCCUCUGUGCUAACAUGACAGAAAAUAUAAUUUUAAGAAGAACUAUGGUUUUAAUUUUUUGAUAAGCUGCUGAAUUUUAAAGAGAGUUUUUUUGGGGCCACCAAAUAUUUUGGAUCAUGCAGAGAAUAUAUAUUGUAUUGCAGUAAUUUUGUAUUGACAUUUGUAAGAUAUAGUGAUUAUAAUAGAUGUGAAUGUUAAUCACUGCUUGGAUAUGUAUGUAUGUUAAUAAACUGUUUAAAUAUGA